UCUCAACAUUGCAAGAUUUUCUGCUAUAAAUAGGUCCCAGACUGAGUGAGAAUAGCAAAUUAUAACUAAUAUUCAGCAAUUUCAAAACUCAGUUAUAAUGGCCAUGAACACUACUACUACAACUACUCUUAGAUACCCUUUUCAUCAAAUGUUUUUAUUCAGUUUCUUACUCACCAUCAUUUUCUCAUUUCAUGUCUCCUCAAUUCAAUGUAAGACUCCCAGGCUUAGAGCACUUAGGAAAUCACAUAUCCAAAGCCAACCCAAAAUUACCACUGAAUUAUCUUCUUCAAAAGAUAUUUUGACAUUUUUCUACCCACAAAAACUUGAUCAUUUCAACUUUAAGCCUGAAAGUUAUGCUACUUUCAAGCAAAGAUAUGUAAUUAAUUUUAAGUAUUGGAGUGGUCCAAAUAGGACUAGUGUACCACUUUUGGUGUUCUUUGGUGCAGAAGAGAAUAUAGAAGAUGAUGUUGAUGGUAUUGGCUUUCUUAAUGAUAUUGCUUCUCAUUUCAAGGGUCUUCUUGUAUACAUAGAGCAUCGUUAUUAUGGAAAAUCAAUACCUUUUGGAUCAAGCAAAGAAGUAUUUAGAAAUGCAAGUUCUCUUGGUUAUUUCAGCUCAGCUCAAGCCAUAGCUGAUUAUGCUGCUAUCAUUAUGCAUGUCAAGAAAAAGUAUUCUGCCAAGACUUCUCCAGUGAUUGUUAUUGGGGGAUCCUAUGGUGGAAUGCUAGCUUCAUGGUUUAGGCUAAAGUACCCUCAUGUAGCUCUUGGUGCUCUAGCUUCCUCAGCUCCAAUCCUUUACUUUGAGGAUAUUGCACCACGAAAUGGCUACUAUUCUAUCGUGACCAAAGAUUUUAAAGAAACUAGUGAAAGUUGCUACCAAACCAUACGCAAAUCAUGGGCAGAAAUUGAAAAAGUAGCUUCCAAGCUUAAUGGUCUUUCAAUCCUCAGCAAGAAAUUCAAGACUUGCAAUCCUUUGAAGAGAACUUUUGAGCUCAAGGACUACUUAGACUCAAUUUACUCAGAAGCAGCUCAAUAUAAUGAUCCACCUAGGUAUCCUGUUACUAUUGUCUGUGGUGGAAUUGAUGGAGCACCAAAAGGAACUGAUGUUCUUGGCCGAAUUUUUGCUGGAGUUGUUGCUUAUAUGGGAGAUAGGUCAUGCUAUGACGUGAAUGGAUAUAAUCACCCAACUGAUGCAACAUCUCUUGCUUGGAGAUGGCAGACAUGCAGUGAGCUGGUGAUGCCAAUAGGCCAUGAAAGAAACACAAUGUUCCCAACAUCACCUUUCAAUCUGAACAGCUAUACACAGAAGUGCAAGGCCUUGUAUGGCGUCCUACCUCAGCCUCACUGGGUCACAAAUUAUUACGGGGGCCAUGACUUGAAAUUGAUUCUCCAUAGGUUUGCUAGCAACAUUAUCUUCUCAAACGGACUAAAAGAUCCAUAUAGCAGUGGAGGUGUGUUGGAGAACAUAUCAGAUAGUAUUGUUGCAAUCUCUACAGUUAAUGGAUCUCAUUGCUUGGAUAUACAGCAAACGCAGCCAACUGAUCCACAUUGGUUGGUGAUGCAACGAAAAGCUGAGAUCGAAAUAAUCCAAGGAUGGAUUUCUAAGUACAAUAUCGAUCUUCAUGAGCUCAAAGAUGAAAGAACCAGAGUUUGAUAUUGAAUUAUCAGUGAACUGGUCUUGCUUAUACCAAGUUAAUGUUAUCAAGAAUGUUAACUUGGGCUAAUGGCGCUCUCUCUAUAAAUAUAUAGCUGGCUAGCUUGAUCAUUUGCAAUAUUAGUUGAAAGAAAUAAAUAUAUUUAUAUAUGUAUAUAUUUGUCUAUGUAUUCUCGUUAUAAAGGAAUAAUCAACUCUAUAUGCAUAUGUCCCAUAUGAUUUAAAGGGACUAUCAUA